UCGAGGCUGAAGGGCUCAGACUGGAAAGAGGGAUCUUUGGCCUCAGCCGAGGCUUGAUCCUAGGUUGGGAUCCCUGUAACUGGGAGCUCCUACCAACACAGCCUUCCCCUGGCAGGGGGGCUUGUACACUACACUAACUUCCUCUCUUCCUCAUGAGACAGGACAUGGGACCAGCCCACUUCUGCUCACAGAGGGGGGCUAGACUGGAAUGAACUAUUCCAGUAUAGAUAUACUAAACUGGCUAAGAUCUGCUACAUACUGCUGCCACCUGCUGGUGUACAUAGAAAACUACAGCAUAUAUAAAUAACAGGCUUAGGAAAUACACAUCAUGGAAAAUGCAUUGUUAGAUUACACAGGAUGACAAUAAAUAUACACCUAGCAUGAUGUAGCAGGGAACUAGAGUUUGAUAACAUACUCCGAGAUGUUACACUAUGGAGCUCUCCACCAGAGGAGGUGGUGAUGGUCCAUUCAUUCUACAGGUUCUAGAGGGACCUCAAUGUCUUCCCUGAAAAAUCUAAUAUCACAAGUUACCUCUGCUAGGACUUGAUGGACCUGUGUCUAUGUAGAGUUGAUGAUCUGGAUUUGGAUCUUAUGCCGAUCUAUAAACUAUAUAAAAAGUAGAAAAAAAUAUUUUUGGCCAGCGCUAGAUGAUAUUAUAAAGUACAACGCUCCUCGUCCAUGUGCUGCCCCCCUGUACUCAGGGAGCGUCUAGUAACCUGCAAGGACAUAGGCGACAUUUCAUCUCCUAAUCUUUGUACGGACAGAACUUUAUUGUACUGCAGUUUUGUAGGUGAUUUCUCCUCUUCUUACUGGUUCUGGAGGAGGAUUCUCUCUAUGGACAGGUGGAGUCACUACAACUACUCCACCAGGAUCCGCACCAGAUCCCAUCAGUGAUCACUCAUCAUUGUCUUCCUCAGUAUGAAUCAGCAGUAAACACAAUCUCUGAGCUGCAGGGGUUAAUUCUUCUACAGGAGCUCUCCGCCCUCUUAGGGGAAGAGACUUUUCCACUUUCAGUUCCUGCUCCUCCGUACCACAAUGGCUUCUGGUGAUCUGAGGGCCGAGCUGGACUGCUCCAUCUGCCUGAGCCUCUAUACAGAUCCUGUAUACCUGAGAUGUGGACACAACUUCUGCCGCUCGUGUAUUGUGAGUGCGCUGGAUGCGCAGGAGGCAGCUGGAGUGUAUUCCUGUCCUGACUGCAGAGCAGAAUAUCUGGAGCGUCCGGCCCUGGAGAAGAACAGGAAGCUGGGGAACAUAGUGGAGCGUUUCGUAUCUGCUCAGCCUGAUAUGGAGGAGACCGGGAUCUUCUGUACUUACUGUACAAGGUCUCCUGUACCGGCUGUGAGGACAUGUCUGCACUGUGAGACCUCCAUGUGCCAUAAACAUCUCGGAGCCCAUAACAAGUCAGUGGAUCAUAUAUUAACAGAACCUACCAGAUCCUUGGGCAUCAAAAAAUGUUCCCUCCACAAAAAGGUUCUGGAGUAUUACUGCCCACAGGACACGGUUUGUCUGUGUGUGUCCUGCUGUCUGGUCGGCGAACACAGGGGACACCAGGUGGAACUUCUAGAUGAGGCGUCUGAGAAAAAGAAGAAGAAGCUGAGGAAAUAUCUGGAGAAACUAAACCCACAAAAAGCAAAAAUUCUGACUAAACUUCAGAAUCUGCAGGAUCGUCAGAGGAAUAUCCAGGAGAAAGCCUCUGAUAAGAGGAAGAACGUCAGGAAGUUAUUUAUGGACAUUAAGGAGCAACUGGAAAUGGCAGAAAAGAAAGCGCUGAGCGAGAUCUCCAGGCAGGACGAGAAGAUUGUGUCCCAGAUAUCUGAUCUGAUCAAGAAGCUGGAAAUAGAGGAGGACGAGCUGUCCAGGAAGAUGCGUCACGUGGAGGAGAUGUGUCAUGUCACCGACCCAAUAAGACUCCUACAAGAAAGUGACAUUACAGUAUGUGGUCAUGGAGAUGAUGAGGUCACAGGAGGAGAUGGUGGAGAGGGCAGGUCUGAGGAUGAUCUGGAUGAGGUUCUGAUCUCACUGACCUUACACCGAUCUAUGAGGGAUAUUGUCACCAAUGUCACAUCAGAGCUUGGGCUCCAUGUUCCAGACAUAUUGCUGGAUGAGGACACUGCUAAUGAAUAUGUGAAUAUAUCAGAAGAUCUGAAAACAGCAACAGAAACAGAAGAACAGAACAGACCAAAAUCACCAGGAAGGUUCCAGGAUGAUGCCGAGGUGUUAAGCAGAUGUGGCCUCUCCUCAGGAAGACAUUACUGGGAGGUAGAGUGGGACCAGAAAGGAAGAUGUGGCAUCGGAAUGUCCUAUCCUAGUAUAGAAAGGGAAGGAGAUGAGUCUGGUAUUGGAUAUAAUGGUAAAUCUUGGUGUCUGGAUAUGUUUGAUGCAGGAUGUGAAGUGUAUCACCGCUCAGUCGGAUCCCCCCUCAGUGUAGAUACAACAUGUCCUAGACUUGGGGUCUUCUUAGACUGUGAGGCCGGGCGUCUGUCCUUCUAUCAGCUGUGUGACCCCAUCAGACACUUACACACCUUCACCGCCUCCUUCUCUGAACCCCUACAUGUUCUCUUAUAUGUGCGGGAUGGAGCCUCUGUUAGAAUAAUAAGCUGAGGCCGAUGCGUCCACGUCCCGUUAUAAUCUCUGCCUAUAAGUUACUAUAUAGCGCUGUAUGGGCGGAGCCUCCGAUCACACAAUGUAUAUGGCGGUUCUAUGGGGGCGGUUACUGUACGAUUAUUUUAUAUUCCUUGGAGAUCAGAUCCAGAAUCGAUGCUUGAGACAAAUGAAAAGUUACGUCGUCUGCACACGAGUUCGGGUGAACGCACAUCAGAUCCGCAGCGUAUGCGCACCAAUACCUGCAAUGUGUGGUUACGGUUUUUGGUGCGGAUAAGAUGCGUUUUUCCACUGAAAAGGGUGAAAUCCGCAGCUAAAACCACAAACAUAACUGACGGGCCGCAGAUCUGGGAAUCCGCACGGAAAUAAUCGGCGAAGUGUACGUGAUCGGGGUAAUCUCAUACACUUUGCUGGUGCUGUAAUUCGCUACGGUUUUUCCACAUGGGAAUUCGCGUGGAAAGACUGAGCGUAUUCCGCAACGUGCGCAGAUGGCCUUCGGGUACAAGCGCACGCUGCGUAUUACCUGCUGGUUUUCCAGAGUGAAAUAAUACCGCCUAAGCAGAUGGGAUUCCCAGUAUCUCAUCUACACGGAGCGGAAGUUUCCUGCGUCCGGAGUGACCUGCGGAGCGGAUCCGGAGAUCUGCGGCCGGUGGAUCGUCCGUGCGGAUUUCUCCCUUUACAAUGCAGAGGGGGAGAUCUGGGGAAAUCCGUGUCAGGAUCUGCAGGUAACAGGUGUGGAUCCUGGAGCGGAGAUACACCGCCGAGUGCACGUACCUCAUGGGGGCAUCAUUAACCCUUCCCCGUCCUCCACUGAUGUCGCUGUAGGGGCUUCUUUAUGUUUCUGGGACACAUUUGGGGAACAUAUAAUUAUUAAUCAGCUUUUCCUAUUUCUGUAGAGAUGUGACAAUGUGGCGCUUCUUUCCGCACUAUACGCGGCAUUUGUUGUGUUUUUUCCCUUUUUAUGGAAUAAAUGUCUGACUACUUCUGUCCAUCAGAGUUGUCGGUCCUGUCAUCUGGGUGUCCGUGGUCUCCUCCGCCAUCAUGUCUGUUAUAACCGCAGGUAAUGAGUUCUGCAAUACACUGGAUCUGUACAGCGCCACCUGCUGUUCUCUUCCUUAUCUUUGGC